AUGUCUACCUUCCAACUUCAGUGCCACUUCCUUCUGAUCUUCCUGACUGUUCUAGGAGGGGAGAGUCGGUACCUAGAGUUGCAGAAAGCAGUAGACCAGGACCCUUUCCUGCUGCUCAGCGCCAACCUGAAGCGGGAGCUGGGGGGGGAGCAGCUGUACCGACGCGCGCUACGGUGUCUGGACAUGCUGAGUCUCCCGGGCCAAUUCACCUUCACCGCCAGGCAGCCUCAGCAGCAGUGCGCGGUGUUCUUCAUCAGCGAGCCGGAGGAGUUCAUCACCAUCCACUAUGACCUAGUCUCCAUCGACUGUCAAGGAGGGGACUUCCUGAAGGUGUUUGAUGGUUGGAUUCUCCAGGGAGAGAAGUUCCCCAGCUCCCAGGAUCAUCCUAUCCCCACAACUGAGCGCUACAUAGAUUUCUGUGAGAGUGGGCUAACCCGAAGGAGCUUCCGGUCCUCCCAGAACGUGGCCAUGAUCUUCUUCCGAGUCCAGGAACCAGGGAAUGGAUUCACACUGACCAUAAAGAGAGAGCCUAACCUCUUUCCCUGCAAUAUCAUCUCACAGACCCCAAAUGGAAGGUUUACCCUGAUAGUUCCACAUCAGCAUCGAAACUGCAGCUUCUCCAUAAUUUACCCUGUGGUGAUAAAAAUAUCUGAUCUCACCCUGGGACACGUGAAUGGUCUUCAGUUGAAGAAACCCUCAGCAGGUUGUGGGGGCGUAGGAGACUUUGUGGAGCUGCUGGGAGGAAAUGGAUUGGACCCUUCCAAGAUGAUGCCCUUAGCGGAUCUCUGCUAUUCCUUUCAUGGUCCUGCUCAAAUGAAAAUUGGCUGUGACAACACUGUGGUACGCAUGGUCUCCAGUGGAAAACACAUCAAUCGUGUGACAUUUGAAUACCGCCAGCUAGAACCAUAUGAACUGGAAAAACCAAAUGGAAACAGCAUCAGGGAAUUCUGUUUGUCUCACCUUUGA